UGUGAAUGUUUAAUUUUUUAAUUUUUUGUAAAAUAUUUUAACGAGAGAAAUCUCAAUAUAUGAAAAGCAAAGAGAAGAAUAACAAGGCGAAAAAUGCCAAAGUAGUUAAAAAGAGUAAAAAUAACAAAAAUCGCAAAAAUAAAAAAACUUUCAAGAAAAAACCCAAGAAAAAUGAGAUAGACUCAGAUUUGUCAGAUUUCGAGCCUGAGAUAACAGAGGAAUUACCUCCAGAUGUAAGCUUUAAAGUACAACAACUUCUCAAAGAAGCCAACGAGGAGAUUCCAAAGAAGAAAUUGAGAGGAACUGAUUUCCUGGAAAAUGACCCCUUGGUUUCAUUUGAUUUCUCCGAGGAUUCCGCAGGAUUCCUGCCAGAAUCCCAAACCACGUCAAACACCAGUGAAAUCUGGUCCAAAUUGAAUGAUUUAUCAACCAAACCCAAGGAAAGUGUGAUGGACAGGUUGAGACCGGUUUACAAUGAGAUUGGGUUAUAUCUUAGCAGAUAUAAGAGCGGAGGACUUCCAAAGGCGUUUAAAGUGUUACCGAAAAUGACCAACUGGGCUGAAAUCAUACAACUCACAAACCCCCAAAAUUGGACCCCAAACGCCAUGUACGAAGUCACACGACUCUUCUCCUCCAACAUGAAUGAAUCUAACGCUGAGAGAUUUUACUUGUGUAUAUUAUUACCGGCGGUGAGGGCGAAUUUGUCGAGUAAUAAGACGUUGAAUCACCACUACUAUGAGUCACUGAUGAAGGCGAUGUUUAAGCCUACAGCCUGGUUCAAGGGCAUUUUACUACCACUAGUCCAAGAGGGAUGUACGUAUAGAGAGGGAGCGAUAAUUGGAAGUGUGUUGAAGAAGAUAUCGAUCCCAGUUUUCCACGUUUCAGCGUUUAUUAUUCAAAUCUGCCAGUACCCGAAAUGGUUUGGCAGCACCAGCUUCAUACUCACCACACUCUUCCAAAAAAAAUACAAACUUCCCCGCAAAGUGAUUGGCGAGUGUUUGCAAUAUUUUUACAGGUUUAUCAACUUCCCAGAUCAUUUGCCUGUCAUAUGGCAUCAGUCGUUGUACCUAUUCCUAUACCACUACCAACAUAUGUUGAAUGAGGACGAGUAUGGGUUAUUGAGGGCGUUGCUGGAGAGGCAUAAGCAUCCGCAAAUUGGACCAGCCAUUGAAAAAUUACUAUCCUGUACCAUACAAGAUGUUGAAAUGGAAUGAUUCACACUGUAACAUAAUGUCAAUUACUAUAACUC